AUGGCCGGGUCACCACCGACACGGCGGCUGAAGCACAGUGACUACACUGUAGCAAUCAUCUGUCCGCUCGAGGUCGAGAUGAGUGCUGUGAGAUACAUGUUGGACGAGGAGCAUGCUCGGCUUCCUGAAAGAGAGGGAGAUCCAAACAGCUACAUCUUCGGCGAGAUGUGUGGACGGAACCUUGUGAUCGGCUAUUUGCCCGAAGGAUUCCAAGGCAUUGGCGCUGCUACUGCUGUUGCAACACAUAUGCAGCGAAGUUUUCCCUCUGCCAAAUUACCUUUACUCAUUGGUAUCGGCGGAGGUAUACCGAGCACGGUUCAUGAUAUCCGGCUUGGUGAUGUUGUCACUGGGAUGCCAGAAGGCGGACACGGUGGGGUGGUUCAGUAUGAUCUAGGAAAGGAGUCGACCUCCUAG